GUUGAUUCUCCGAGACGUACUCAAUCUCAACUACCCACUAAUCCUCCAAAACGCCAUGCUUCCUCGCACGGCACUCCGCAGCUCCAGGGGAGUUGCAUCUCUCCUCGCGGCUCGCCCCGCCUUUGCGGCGCGCGCCAUCGCCCGCCCCGUCCUCACCUCCACCGUCGUGACUCCGCGGCCAUCUCUGACACUUGCUCUCCGCGCCUACUCGGCCGCGACCAAGCUCAAGGAGGAGGAGGACUUCUUCGCGUUGGCCGAGGACACGCCCGCUAAGGCCCCGGCCGCCACCAAAGCGAGCUCUGUCAUCCCCGAAGACUUCGAGCAGGCCUCCGAAGAGGACGGCUUUUUCGCCGACGAGCUCACGCACUCGGAGAAGCCGAAGAAGGCCCAAAAGGCUCAGAAGUCGCCUGAUGCGCCUGACGACGAGAAGGCUGCCACGGCGCUCGUUCCCUUCCACUCGCUCAAGGGGCGAAUGAACGCCGACCUGCUCAAGGCGCUGACCUUCAAGCCCUUCAACCUCAUCGCCAUGAGUGAGGUGCAGAAGCGUGUGCUGUCCCGCAUGCCCGAGCUCGCGGGUGGCGUCACCCACAAGUCGGUGCGCGAAAAUGAGGACCCCGAGCAGCUCGCCGCGCGCGAGGAGCGUGAAACUCGCGGCCGCGAGGAUCUCCUGGUCAAGGCCAAAACCGGUACUGGCAAGACCAUCGCGUUCCUCGUUCCAGGCAUUGAGGCGCGCGUGCACCAGAUCGACAAGAUUGUGACGGCGCCCAAGGAGGAUGGCAGCUUUCCCACCCUUGCCGAGCAGGGCCAGCACCGCCGUGUGGCGACGCGCUCGCACGUUGGCACCCUCGUCAUCUCGCCCACGCGUGAGCUCGCAACGCAGAUCGCCAACGAGGCGCUCAAGCUUCUCACGUGGCAGAAGGAGAACCAGGUGCAGCUUCUUGUGGGUGGCGAGAGCCGCUCUAUGCAACUCCGCAACUGGAAGUCUAUCCGUUACGGCCGCAAGGACGUUGUCGUCGCCACACCCGGUCGCCUGGUUGACCUGCUCUCCGAGCCCGAGGUCGCCGAGGCCAUUGCCAACACCGACGUCCUUGUUCUCGACGAGGCCGACACCCUCCUGGACAUGGGCUUCUCUGAGGACCUGAAGCGUAUCCUCGCGCACCUGCCCAAGAAGCGCCAGACGUUCCUGUUCUCGGCUACGGUGUCGCAGCGCAUCAAGGGUAUCGCACGCGAGUUCCUUGACAAGAACCACUCGUUCAUUGACUGUGUGCCCGCCAACGAGUCCAACGUCCACAAGCACAUCCCCCAGUUCCUCACCGUCCUGCCUUCGCCCAAGGAGCAACUCAGCCACCUCACCCGUCUUAUCGCCCACGACCAGCUCACGAACAAGGGCGCGUCGAAGAUCAUCGUUUUCUUGCCCACCACCAAGCAGACCAUGCUUACGGCGACUCUUCUCCGCGAGAUGUCCUCAUCCCUCCCCCACCGCCUGAACGUGCACGAAAUUCACUCACGCCUCAGCCAGAACCAGCGUACGCGUGCGUCCGAGCGCUUCCGCUCCGACAAGUCGGACUCGAUCCUCGUAACGUCUGACGUUUCGGCGCGUGGUGUCGACUACCCGGGCGUCACCCGUGUUAUUCAGAUCGGUGUCCCCUCAUCCGCGGAGCAGUAUGUGCACCGUGUCGGCCGUACCGGCCGUGGCGGUGUGACCGGCGGCCGUGGUGACAUUGUGCUCCAGCCCUUCGAGGCCGGCUUCCAGGACGCUCUGCGCGGCUUCCCUGUCACUGAGGUCUCUGUAGACCGCUUCCAGUCCGAGGUCGAGAGCCUGGCCAAGGACACGCCCGCCGAGGCCCGCCUCAACGGUGUCGACGGCAAGGUCGAGCAGCUCCUCCCGCUCCUUGACCCCACAGCCAUCGAGGACGUCUUCAUGUCCCUCAUGGGCUACUACCUCGGCAAGUCCGACGUCAUGUCCCAGCACCCGGAGGAGAUCUACGAGGGCAUCAAGCAGUGGUCGGUGGAGGCUGGUGGUCUCCCCCAGCCCCCGCACAUCAGCCCGAACAUGCUGCAGCGCCUCGGCCUCUCGCCGAAGAAGCGGUAUGGUGGCGGCGGUGGCCGCGGCGGCAGCGGGCCGCGGCAGGAGCGCAAGUCGUUCGGUGUGAGCCGGAGCGUUGGCGGCGACGACAGGCCGGCCCGCCGCUUCGGGGACCGCGAUGACCGACCGCCCCGCCGCGACUUUGGCGACCGCAACGACCGCCCCCGUCGUGACUUUGGUGACCGCCCGCGUCGCGACUUUGGCGACCGCAGCGACCGCCCGCCUCGGACGUUUGGCGACAGGGUGCCGCGCACCUUUGGCGACCGUGACGGACCGCGCCGCGACUUCAACCGCGGGCCCCGUCCCGAAGGCCGGGGCGACCGCGGCGGGCGCUCUGACUUUGGCGGCGGCCGUGAACGCCGCCAGUCCAACCGUAACGACGACCUCUUUUAGACAGCUUGCAUCUUCAUAGCAUCUUUAGUACCCUCUCAUCACUACCCCCACUCAGAACGAUAGACUGUUGUUUCAGUAGCAAUGC